AUGACUGGCACCUCCAAGCCCGCGGCCGAUGGCCACCCGCACCACGACGCCGCCCACGGGCUGAUAGGGCUCUUCUCGCACCACAAGGAGCCUGAGAACCCGCUGACGCCGUACGAGCGGUGGAACAAGGAGAUGGACGCGGGCAAGAUCUCGUGGCCGCCCAACGAGAUCCACGAGCACGAGAUGGUGCUGGCGCUGCGGCGGUUCAACGAGGCGCGCAGCCGUGAGGCGCAUAAGAACGGGCCUGCUGGCGACUUGCACGAGCUGGCUGAGCGCCUGCGCAUCGACGAGGAGAGCCGCCACGCCGAGCAGGCCCGCCUGGCUGCCAGCAGCGACGCCGUCAAGAAGGCCCAGCUCGCCCAGCAAGCUACCAAGGACGAAGCCGCGAAGAAGGCGGCCGAGGAGGCUGCCAAGGUCGCUGCUCAGCAGAAAGUCGAGCCAGAGGCAGAGCAAGACAUGGAGCAGAAGGCUGAGGCAGAUACCGAGGCCGAGGCCGAGCAAGAUGUCAAGCGCGACGUCGAGGAUGACGACGAGGACGCCGUGCCUGCCAAGAAGACCGAGGAAAAUGAAGAUGAGCAGUAG